AUGAGGGUGGACGUCAGCUCGAUGAAAGCUCUGACGGCUGAACCGCCGCCGAACACCAUGAAGGCCAUUGAGGAAUUCAAGGCGCCGUGCAGUGAAGAAGAAUUCAUUGCGAAACUAGCCGCAAUGAAUGAAUGGAAUUCCAUGAUUGGAAAAACGGAAAUGCUACGUUGGGUUGAUGUGCUGGAUCGAAUGGACGAGAUCCUGGAGCGUGCAACAACACUGAAUGCUCAACAGUGUUACGCGGUGGACAUUGAUAAUGACCUUCGCCAAUCCGUUUUCACGAUCCUCAAGUUUACCAACCUGCUGUUCGAGAACACCUCAACGAGAAGCAUCUACGCGAGCACUGAUCGACUUCUUGUCUUGUUGCAAGUCGACACAUUCAACGUUGUAAUCAGUACACUUCAGCUUUUCCAAUGUAUUUCCAAGAGAUCUCAUUUCCUUCGUGCCAAGAUGCCGGUUAUUCAACAGACACGUUUUCAAAGGAUUUUGACAGCCAUCGCACAGAGCUGGUACUCACGGGUCCGGGCCAUCAAGAUGAAGCAAGUGAUCGAGGAGAAGCUGACCGUUCCGGAAGUGUGGCCCUUUGAAUACCGUGGGCUUUCUGCCUCGCCAAAUUCUCCCCGAUGGCUCAACUUUGAGAAACCUGAGGAGGGACAGUCGAUCACGUCGAUGAUCUCGAAGAUCGCGACUAACGGCGAGGAAUUGGAGCAACUACUCUUGGAUGACAAUUUGCGAGCUCGGCUUCGCGUUGCACGAAAUUUUGGGUCCGAGCCGGGUCGAAUCAACUGCGUCUCCAGCAGGCUGCUAGCCAUCAGCACAUUGAUAUACUCUCGUCUGCUCUGCGACGAGAUGGAAAACAUAUUUACCAGAGAUCUUUUCAUCGAGGAAUGUGCCGAUGUUGCCAAGCUGAGCGAUUAUCCGGAAAACAUCGCCGAGUAUGUGAACGAAAUGCGCUCGGAGGCCCUUCGUACACUGACAAGCAUUGCCGCCCAGGAGAAGCCGUUGCGCCUUCAGAAGGUCAUCGAGUCACUCGGCGCGAACAGCUAUCACGGUUUUCUGAGUGUUCUUGCCCGGAAAUGCGUCAACGACUUGAGGAGCGGGAAAGUAUCGGUCCAGCUGUGCACAGCUCUCUUUUCCCUGUUAUACCACAUCUCCAGUCUUGAGCAAGGCAGCGAAAGCAUCGUCUCAUGCGGCUUGAUGCAAACGUUGCUCUCGGUCGUCUCCUGCACGACAUUGCCGCUUUCGCAGAUCUCCUUCGUCACUCGCUGUGUUCGGGUGAUCGAUCUGAUUACGACGUACGAAGUGGCGAGCUUCCGUCAAUCCAAUGGGUUGGAGGUCUCCAUCGAUCGCCUUGUGCACGAAGUCGAGGAGUGCCGCAAGGAGCAGCCGUUUGUCAUCGACGAGUCCUUGGAUCGCGAGGACAACAGCGGCGUCUCGGAAUACAUCUUCCGUACUCCGUGCGAAAAGCCCUGCAACCAACAACGGUCUGCUUUGAUCAAGAGUCUGCUGAACUUCCUGAAACGCACGAUUCAAGACAACAAUUUCACCGAUCAGAUUCGACAAAUGAUGAAUGGUAAUCUCCCGAAGGCACUUAUUCACCUGAUCAGCAAUGCGGAUUAUUACACCGCUACGCUGUUCCAGAAUUCAAUUCAGUUGGUAUCGAACUUCAUCUGUCACGAGCCACAGCAACUCACGAGUUUGCAACAGAUGCACCUCCCUUUCGUCAUCUUGCACGCGCUGUUGCGAAAAGAGAUCCCCACGUCGAAAGAUGUCAUCAACAACAUGAUCGCCACUUUCCAAGCUCUGUGUCUGAACGCUCGAGGGUUGGAGCAGCUGAAAGCGUACGAGCCUUUCGAUCACAUCUUCAAGAUCAUCCUCUCGUUGAAAUUCAUCACAGCCAUGAAGAAGAAACGCAAUGAUAUGAACGACGUUGCUGUGGGCAUUGGAGGCUCUCUGGAAGAUCUGAUGCGACAACAUCAAGAGCUACGCCCUCUCAUGGUCAACGCGGUCAUCCGGGCCUUGGAAAAUCUGAAGGAGAUCAGUGUCCAGCGGGGUCCUCAAGUGGUAAUGACUCUGAGUCGACAGCACAAGGGGCCAAGGAACUCUCGCUUGAUGCGGCAUCCACUCAUCCGCGAGUUCAAUCUGUCGAUGGACGACGCCAGGCUUAUCAAUAUCCUUCACCCGCAUAUUGCGCCAUCUCCACAACGGGAGGAGGAGAGCGAAGACGAAGAUGAAGCAGAGGCCGAGAGCGACACCAAUCAAGAAGCUGACGAUGCGGCUCGCGACCCGGAUAUGGAAACCGAGACGGAGCCAUCGAAUACAGCUGCUACAAGCGAGCCUGUGCAGAUGGACACAACACCUGCGCCCUCCACUUCCGCCGACAUCGACAAGUCCGCGCUUCUUGGUCUCCAGAUAGACACAUUGACUCCCGAUGGCCAUCGAGUUGUUCCGCUUGGAGAAUAUCUGCUUGUCUUCUUCAAGAUUGUGGAGACGUUGAUCACGCAGACCACGCCCCCGGAUUUCAUCAACGGCUUGGUGGCGAAGGGAUUUGUUCCGCAGCUGCUUGCAGUAUCUCAGCUACUGCCCAUCCGUAUCCAGUUGACCCACUCAACGAUUCCAAGCAAUGUGGCCAAUAUUUUGAAAUACACCGUGCAAGUCUCGACUGAUGAGGAGCUUCUGCCCUCGAUUCUACGCGAGCUGAAGAAAAUCAUUGACCCGUUGCUGGCACUAAAGACUCCGGAGAACUGGGUCGGCGUCAUUUCAUCGUUGAGCCAUGCUGCUGCCUGUGACACCAUCGGCAUGAUCAGCUACGUGACGCAGAUCGUCAGCAUUCUCAGCAAAUCGGCGCAAUCGAGUGUGGAGGAGACGCGCAACAAGAUUCUGAAAGCCUGGGUGUCCCCCACCGGCAUCGAGUUCGUCGAGGCCCUAAAUGCCGUUUCGAAGCUGAUCUCGAGAGACCUGGCCAUCAGUCACGCUGUUUUUGAAUCAUCCAAGGUGACCACUGCCACCCAAACCGAUUCGCCGAUCGACGAAGGGGAAGCCAAAGAUUCUGGCAAUGCUACAACAUCGCAAACUUCUCCGAUGGAAAUGUCCGUCGAGACGGAGGCGGCGCCACCAACCAUUCCGUCCUGGCAAACCAUCGGCAUCGGUAAAGAAGAAUAUGGGUUCUGGCAGAAGAACAAGGACGUCUACAAUCUUUUAUCGAAGGCCGAGAAGAGUCUGAACGAUUUCCCUGUGCAGCUCACUCGCGGGUGUCUGAAGCCUCAACGUACCCGUCGUGGAUUUGAACAGCCCGCCAGGGAGGUGUCGAUGUCUGAGGCUGCGAAGAAAUUGGCCGAGAUGGGUUUCCGUAUGAUUGCCAACAACAUCAAGUCGACGUUUGAUGAAUGCUCAAUGUUGAUUAAUUUCUACGGUGAUGGCCUGCUUGAACAAAUUUCGGCGAUUCUUUUCAACGAUCGCACACAAGCGAGCUUGCCCCUCCUUGGCGUCUUCUACAAGUCGGGUUGCCACCGAGCAUUUUGUCAGAUGCUGGUCCGCACGAUUGCGCCCCAAUUCGAGAAAGCCACACACAAUUCCGGCGACCUGAAGGUUUUGACGGUCACCUGGAUGAAGCUGGCUGAUCGACUCGUCAACCGCAACAACAUGGCGCCUUCUCGCACGCGGGUUCACCAACCGGCCACCGAUUCGCUCAACUUCCCGCCAGAAAAAUACUACCGUCUGCUGCUCACGGACCUCUUUGCCGUCUUCAACCAAUUGUUCGCUACCCUGCGCAGCGACGCUGUCGACCUCAAGGCGCACAUGGCUUCUGCCGAGCGCAGCAUCACUGUCUAUAAAGAGGUUGUGCGGAAUCUUGUCGAACUUCGUGACGAGGGCUCUCAAUCUACUGCCGCCCGCAUGUCUGACGUGGAUGCAGCCGCUGAACAAGUCGAUGGCAACCAUCUUCAGAUGCUCCUCGACAUGGGCUUUGCUCGUGCGGAAAUUGUGCAAGCACUCGUGGACUACCCCAGCGUUGUUGAUGCGACCGAAUAUCUCAUCAGCAAUCAGUCUGACCGCCAGAACACUGAAGCUGGAACACCAGCCCCAGAGCCAAAGCCGGAUGCAACUCCCAAGGCCGAGAUCAAGCGGGCGCCGAGUGAAGAUGAGCCUCCAUUGAGUGAGCUGAAACUCGAGCUCAAUGUGAAAGCCGCCGUGUCUUCGACGUGCAACGAGAUGGUCCCGCUUUGUAACCGUCUGAUGGAUGUCGACGCUGGCUCUGAGCUAGUCUACAGCUCUGCCGACCUUGUAAUCGGUGUCAUCGAUUCCACUGAUCCCAACUGGCGCGUUCAGGGACUGAUCCGGGCUGGAAUGUGUGACGAGAUUCUUUCGCUGGCUACCGCCCUCCAGAAAAAUCCAGCGUGCCGUAAAUCGGCGAAGAGCCUUUCGACCCGACUCCAUUUCGCGUGUCUCCUCUGGAGUCACGUGGCCGAGGAAUAUCUCGAAGUGCUGAAGGGACAUGAUUUGGUCGGCACCCUCAUCGAUCUGGCCGUGACUUUGACUUCGAAAGACUCCAUUGGUGAUGCACAUCUCGACUUCCACUUCCAAGAAAAAGGGGUGGUUGGUUCGCUGCUGCUAUGGUUGGAUCUUUUCACAAACUGCUCGCGGAUGGCCAUGCGCCGACAGCUCCUCAAAUCCGUUCUGGGUGACGGUGAAAAUCCACACACCUUGAACUUCUCCUACUACCAAUACGAGGAACGUUUUGGAGCACGCGGUCGAGUUGUUGCCAUCGAGGCCCCGACAAAGACGGUCAUCCACAAGGCUUUUGUCGAUGGAAAGAGCAAAGUGAGCUUCAAGAUGGAUCGGAAGGAAUAUCAUCUUUCGUUUGCUGACAUGACAAUGAAGGUGGAAGGCGGAAACACAACCGACAAGAAUCUGGUUUUCGUCGACCUUCCCUCGGCUUGCAACGUUGAUAUGGACCAGAUUCUGGGCGAGGAGAAAACACCCAUUUGGUCCGAGACUCAAAUGGCGUACCUGCUGUGUUCGAUAAUUGGAAUCAUCAAGAAACGCGACGUCCACCAUAGCGUGGCCCAUUCGGUGCUGCAGCUCCUCACCCGCAUCACAGCGGAUCCUACGAUUGCCCACGGAUUCUUUGCGCAGGGUGGUCUCCGGGAUCUCCUUCAACUUCGCUGCCUUUCCACUCCAUCAACAUCCGGCCUGUUGACUCUGGUCGUCCGCAAUUGCAUCGACAACCAAACCCUGCUGGCGCCCGUCUACGAGCGGUCGGUACGCUCCGUUGCUGGUGGUACGCAUGCCAACGGUCACGCAACAAUUGCGAGCAGAUGGAAUCCGGCGCGAAAUGGUCAAAUGCGGGAUUGGCGCUCGGCGCUGAAUACGCUGCAGCCGUUGCUGAUCAAGGAUCCAGAACUAUUCGAGCGAACAAUGGAGUCGUUGACCAAGAUUGAUGAUGGCAAGCUCUCACUGCAGCAAAUUCACCAGAACACUGGCGUCUCCGCGGCAGCCGGCUCGAAUAAUCCAUCGACAUCAGCCGAGGGGGGUUCCAAGGCAAACAGCCAUCACAUCCCAACGGGAUCCAACACAAUCAUUACCCAGAUCAUCGAACUGCUGCUUUCGGAAGUUCUUUCUGGCACUUGGGACAAAGAUGAAAACGCGACCGACAUUCCGAGAAUGGUCACCAAAGCGAACUUUCUGACAAUCGUCUCUGAGCUGGUUCGUGGCUACAGUUGUGUCGCGCACAUUCUUUGCGAUCUGAAGGCGGAUGGGAGCACAACACACACAAUUCUCUAUCCUCUCAUCGAUACGUUGGUUGGCGAGACAAAAGAUAUGGAAACGCAUAAUGCUGUUCGGACUCUUGUCGCCACGAUUUCCUCGUGCAAUUUUGCCACGAAAGCAAUGGAUGCGCUCGUCACCGAAGUCAAGGCGGUCAUCACGGAUUUGCCGACGAAGAAUUACGAGCAGCAGCUUUUGCUCAGCAAAGUGUCCGAGCUUGCGAAUCUCAUCAUUCUGAUGCGCGAGGCCUGCCCGACCAUUCCCCUAAAAGGACCAGCCAAUGCCCGGGAGGCCAGCAACAACACCAUGGUUCGACUACUGUACAAGAAGCGCAUCUGCAACGAGCUGACCCGCGCCCUGAUCCUGUUGCCGCUGGGCAAGAAGGAAUGCGUGGAUGCGGUUAAUAAUGUCCUGCGCACCCUCGACGAAGUCUCGCGCUCUAUCCAUGCUCAAGUUUCACAACCGAACGCAAAAUCUGACAAGUCUGGUGAAGACGCAGUCACCGUCCACGACGUCUCUUUCUCCGUCGCUCCGGAUGCGGCAACCCAGCCUGAAUUCGACAUCGUCCAUGAUGAUUACACCAUCGGCGAAGUGGAAAGCGAAAGUGACGAGGAAGAUGAUCACAUCUUCGAAGAGGACGACGACGAUGAAGGGGAUGAGGGCCCGGUCGGUGGCGAUAGCGACGACGAUACCCAGCGUUCUGAAGAAGACACUCACAACGAGCGCAUGGAUGAAGAGGAAGAGGAAGCAGAGGAUCCAGAUGUGACGAUCGACGAACGAGCGUUAGAGCAUCCACCAUCUCCGGAUCGCCUAGCUGCCGGCCAGGCGGAAGACCAACCAAUGCCCGAGGCUGUUGAGAAUGACGUGUUGGUCGUGGAUGACGAAGAAGUGGAGCCUCACGAAGAGAAUGUCGAAAAUGACGUUGAAGAAGAGGAGCCCAGCGAUAUGGAUGAUGAUGAGGACGAUGAAGACGACUACCCUGAAGACAUCAUUCACCGCCUUUACGACGAGGUCAGGGACUUUGGACGCGAAUGGGCGCCAUGGGAAGGUGUGUUCCGCGACCAAAUGGACAUCGAUGGCAUCGGAGGCUUCCCGAUGCUCCACGGCCCUCCGCACCGUCUCAACAAUCCAUCCAACCGUGCUCAGGACCAUCCAUUGCUGACUCGGCCAACCGCAGUCCCGGUCGAGCCCGCCCGUGCCAAUGUCACCGAUCGCAUUGCCCAGCGCCUGAACCACAUUGAGCGCUUGAUUCCACGCUUUGCGGGAGGCAAUCUUCAACGUGGCAACGCGUUGCGCCACCGCAUCGACCCGAUGCUGAUGGAGGAUAUGCGCACGCUGGGUCUCCGCCCGAUGUUCGAAACGCGCAUGCUCGAACGGCCUCUAUUUGCUAUGGUGACGGGCCAUGGAGGACAUGCUGAUGGCUUCUUGACGCCAACGGGUGUCAAUGGUGGUGACCGCCGAUGGGCCCAUGCCUCCACCGCCCUGGAGCGUCUUGCCGAUGGCGUCCGGCUUUUGGAGCCGCUCUCCGCUCAGUACCUGGCCGUUCUUGUCAAUGCCAUCAUUGUCCGUAAGGCCGACGCUAAAGGCAAAGCGGAUAAACAGGCGAAGGCGGCUAACGAAAAGAAGGGCGACGAGGUUUUGGGUCUUGCGCAACUCGUCCAAGAGGCUGUAGCCCCUGUCGAAGAAGAAGCGAUGGAUACUCAAGAAGUGCCCGUCGUAACCGCCGUUGUGGAUACUCAAGCCGCUGAAACCUCGGCAGUUGACCAGCCGUUGCCCUCCGAGGUUGUCGAUCAGGAUGUCCCAAUGGCAAGUCCACCAAUCGAGCCGGCUCCCCAGGCGAUGGAAGUAUCUUCCGAACCACCAGUCGAUGCUGCCGCUCCAGUUGACAGGCCGCCGGCCACAACACCAACCCCACAUGAUGAUGAGGAGCCAAUGCAAGAAGACCCGCCGGCUACACCUACCCCAGAGCAGAGCGAUUCUGACGGCCCAGUCGACGUGGAAGCGACGACCCCAUCGACCACCGAUGAACCACCGGCCGGAACGGGAAUGAUCCGCGUGCCCGAAGAGUACCGUCAUAUCCUUGGCGACAUUGAGAUCCCCGAGGGCGUCGACGUGGAGUUUAUUGCGGCUCUCCCUGAAGAACUUCGCCAGGAGGUUUUGCGUGACCAUGAACGCCAGCAGCGAGCUCAGCGCGCUGCCCAGGCCCCACCACCUGCCGUCGCUGCAGCCGCGGUGGAGACGGGAGGCAUCGCUCCUGUCGACCAGGAGUUCCUCGCCGCGCUUCCGCCAGAGAUCCAGGAGGAAAUUCUCGCUCAACACGAACGUGCGGUUCGCAAUGCUCAAGCGGCUGCCAACCCGCCUGCCAAUCCGCCGCCCGUGGACAACACCGAUCAUGCCGUUGCUUUCCUCGAAAGCUUGGGUCCUGGCCUCCGAUCUCAGAUUCUCUCGGACGCAGAUGAUAGCAUGCUCGCGAUUCUUCCAACAGCCGUAGCCGAAGAGGCUCGUCGACUCCGAGCACGUUAUGAACAAGAGCGGCUUGUUCGAAUCCAGCAGCGUCUCAUCCCAGCGGGUGGGCCUGCUCGCCGUCAUAUUAUUCCGGGUCGGCUGGGACAUCCGAUGGUUCCAGGAAAUGCUCAGCCGCCGAAUGAAGCGAGAACUGCCGAUUCAAAUGCUGUUCAGAUUCUGGAUCGUGACGCCCUCGUCGUGUUGGCUUCUCUCUUCUUCAUCGACAAUCCACGCUUCAGCACCAACCGCCUAUAUAAGGUGGUCCGCUCGCUUUGUAGCCACCCAGCGACUUGCGACUUCUUUGUUUGGUCGAUGCUCUCUUUGCUCGAAAAGAUGCUAAACGCAUGUGAAGAAGAUGAACAGGCGCCAUCGAACACAGCCGAAGCUUGGACCGAUACCUUCUCCUAUUCCGGUGGUACCGAUCCUGCAUUGCGAAUGGCUGCAGACGGCUCCUCUGUCUGGGUCCACCCUCAAGCCGCGCCGGUCGUUGCGAAAUGCAUCCUCGAAGCUCUCAUCAAUCUCAGCAAAGCGCUGCCAGGACAUUUUCUAUCGACGCAGCUGCGCAGUGAUUGCAAGGCGCAGGCUACGGUCUCCGAUGUUCCCUUGGCGAGCAAGUUCUGGAAAAUCGUUGCUGAGCUCGGGCAGAAGAAAUUCCAUGGAAAGGAGCCGCAGCUGAACGAAUUCCGGUAUGCUCAGUUGGAGCAUUCUCCUCUUUCCUACUUACUGCAAAUGCUCGAGUCGCCAGUGGCAAUGUCAAACGUGGAGCUUCAGGGCAAGCUUCUGAAGACCUGCGCCCAAGUUUUCAACACCCUACCCAACGACACCAGCGCACGUUUGAGCUCUACAAAAUCGGCUAGUCUUUCCUCCCAGCUGGCCACCGUCGUACGACUCGUUACCGAGGCCAAAUGGGCGAACGAAACUCUUCAGGAUGCUCGGACCAUACUUGUCGAUGCCAUCAGGGCUCUUGGCCCCUCGACGACAACGUUCAUCUUUGAUCAGCUCUACAAAAAUAUCGAAAAACAAGCACGCCUUCUCAUUCCACAGAUCUCGCUCCUCGUUACCCAGCUGACCACAGUGAAGCCCUCGUCCGAAACGGAAGCCACCCCGGAAACUGACAGCCCUGAAACCUCAAAGGCGGUCCUCAACCGCGGCGUCCGCGUCCAAGUCAAUCGCUACGAUGGGGAUCGAGUGGUUGUUGAGGGUGACACCACCGGCCGUUCAUUGGCAGCCGCUUCAUCCUGUAUUGAGCUGCAGCUCCCUGCUGUCAGCGCUCUAACCGACAAGACUGGAGCCCAGUACUCACUGCUUCAAGGCCUGCAGACCGUGUGCAAAAUCCGCGAUCUGCUGCGCGUUCUGCGGACCAAGCGUCAAGAGGAAGUCGAUGCCCGCAAAAAGAAAGAGGAAGAGGAGCGAAAGAAGAAGGAGGCUGAGGAGAAGAAACAAAAAGAGGAGACGGAAACCGAUGGAAAAGAUGCUGGCAAUCAAGAUGGCACUGACGCUGGCGCCCCGACUUCCGCAGCUGCUGAGGCAACCCCUGCUCCUCGUGUGGUUCAACCGGAGGCUGCUGAGCGACCUUCUACAAGCGGAAUAGCCCCAGCUGACUUGACGGCGACAGAGCCUGCCCCAAUGCUCGAGAUCUUUGAAAUUGACGAGCGUCUCAGUUCCCGGCUCGAGUCGAUACAUACCCUCUGGCCUCUCGUUUCGACUUGUCUGGAACGUCUGGGUCGGGCCAGUGAUCCGCAUGCCGUUUUGGCCCUACAACCGGUUGCUGAAGCUUUCUUCCUCGUCCACGCCGUGCACAGCUCCAAUCCUGCAAACGACCACGAGCAUCCCGACACCAAAAACCUGGUCCAAUUCGCAGAGCAACAUCGCAGCGUCCUCAACCAGGUGCUCCGACAAGAUCCGUCAGCCCUUGCAGACGGAGGGCCGUUCACGGUUCUUACCCAGUUCCCAAAGCUUCUCGACUUCGACGUCAAGCGCAAAUACUUCCGGAAACAGCUGGCAAAGGGAGAGGACCCGCGCGCAUACCGUCGAGAUGAUGUCGCUAUCCGUGUGCGUCGCUCCCAAAUCUUCUCCGAGUCCUACCGCGAGUUGUUCCGUCUGAGCCCGGCCGACUGGAAGCAUCGCUUCUACAUUGUUUUUGAUGGCGAAGAAGGUCAGGAUGCAGGCGGUCUGUUGCGGGAAUGGUUCUCGGUCAUCACCAGGGAGAUCUUCAAUCCCGACUACGCUCUCUUCAUCACUUCUCCCGGAGACCGUGUCACCUACAUGAUCAACAGGGCUUCCUGGGUUAACCCAGAGCACUUGGAUUAUUUCAAGUUUGUCGGACGUAUCAUCGCGAAGGCGGUGCAUGAUAACAAGCUCCUCGACUGCUACUUCACCAGGGCCUUCUACAAGCAUAUCCUCAAUCUACCCGUCCGCUACCAAGACUUGGAGAGUGAGGAUCCGUCCUUCUACAACUCCUUGCGCUAUAUUCUGGACAAUCCGAUCGAUAACCUCAGCCUUGAUCUCAAUUUCACCCUCGAGGUCACCGAAUUCGGCGUCACUGAAUCUCGCGAUCUGAAAGAAGGCGGUAGCGGUAUCCCGGUUACGGAUGAAAAUAAAGAGGAAUACGUCAAACUGGUUUGCCAGAUGAAAAUGACCAGCGCGGUCCAGAAGCAGCUCAAGGCGUUCCUUGAUGGGUUCUACGACAUCAUUCCAAAAACGUUGAUCUCGAUGUUUAACGAGCAGGAACUUGAGCUAUUGAUUUCUGGCCUGCCCGAAGUGGAUAUUGACGAUUUGUCGGCGAACACGGAAUACCGUGUCUACACGAAGACCAGUCCGCAGAUUCAAUGGUUCUGGCGCGCUCUACGCUCGUUCGAUUCCGAAGACCGUGCCAAGUUCCUGCAAUUUGUCACGGGAACCAGCAAGGUUCCACUGCAAGGAUUCGCCUCUCUCGAAGGGAUGAAUGGCGUCCAGAAGUUCUCGAUCCACAUGGACUCUCGCAGCGGAGACCGUCUUCCAGCCGCUCAUACGUGCUUCAACCAACUCGACUUGCCAACCUACGAUUCGUAUGAGAAGCUGCGCCAGCACCUCCUCACCGCCAUCCGCGAGUGCACCGAAGGCUUCGGAUUCGCU